CAAGCGAGACAGGUAGAAAGAGAGGGGGAAACACAAUAGAUUCCCCUUCCGUCCGUCUCCGACCCUCAACCAACCCCUCUCUCUCUCUCUCCUCACCCUCCGCCUCCGCCUCCCCUCCCACCUCUCCGCUCGCUCCUUCUCCUCGCCCUCCUGCCGAGGGGGCCUUGCGCACAGGCACAGUCCCGAGAAGCACCGUCUUCCUGCUGCUGGUUUCCCGAGAACGCCCCCGCCGCCAUCUUUCUUGGAGUAAUUUUUUGAAUUUUUUUUCUUCUGGUUUUCCUUUGGUGCGAAUCAGCCCGAGAAGGCGCUCGCUGCUGGCGACCGGUCCAUGGAAGGCUUCUUGGUGAGCCUGAACCCCUUCCGAUUCAAGCCGAUUUGGCCAGCGAGGACUGCGCCCAAGUCCCUCUGAAGCCCCAGAAACCUUCCUCCUCCGGGGAUUGCGAGAAAUCCCCGGCCGCCGUUCCCCAACCCCCUGCUUCACUUGUUAAUCUGAAGUUCCCCGUGCGAUUCUCGGGGUUCUACGAGAUUUCUGAGAGAGGACCCCGCUUCCUCUUCUUCCAUAGAGCCCUAGAACAGUCUUCUUCGUUUUAGGUCCCCCACCACCCCUUGAAAGGGCAUGAGCUUGUUGCCGAAGGCUCCUUCUUUUGUGUAGUGCUCCUGGCUGGCCGUGCGUCCUUGUUGGUGUUGCAGCAAGGAUGGCGAGGGAGGACGGCCCGGAGUUCGUGAGGUGGAGGGAGGAGUUCCUGUCUCAGGAGAGGGGCAGCCGCGUCGUGCAUUACUAUCUGGAGGACGCCGAUGGUGUGUCGCACCUCGCAGUCGUGGGCACGGAGCGGAGCCUGCGCCACAUGCUCUACGUCGUGUCAGAAGACUUCCAUGGGCCGCAGGGAUUCGGUGGUGUUGAUGGCGGGCAGGGGAUGUUUGCGCGCAAGUGGCGCUCGCGCCGUGAGGUGGUGGAUUGGCUUGAGUCCUUCCUUCCAGCGAAGACCCUCGCAUCAAAUUUUUCAAAAUUUGGACCUCGAGUGGGCAACAGCAUCGGUUUAGAUGGAUACAGUGAAACUGGUAGCUUUGUGUGUCACAAUGUGGGGACAACUUGCAGUUCAGAUAUUAUGUGGUCUGGUCCGUUCUGGACUUGUAGUAAGCAGCUUCACCACUAUAAGGCCUUUUCUCGUAACGGGACCACAAUAUCUACCCACUCUUUUGUGCUUGUCAUGUCAGAGGAAGAAACUCGCUAUCUUGCAUACCUGGAGGAUAUGUAUGAAGAUAAGAAGGGACAUAAGAAGGUCAAAGUGCGAUGGUUUCAUCAAAACCAGGAAUUUGCUUGCGCAAUACCUCCUCCUGCUCCUCAUCCUUGCGAAGUUUUCAUCACUGCUUAUUCUCAAGUAAUCAGCGUGGAGUGUGUCGAUGAUAUUGCAACGGUUUUAACUCCCGAGCAUUAUGAAAACUAUGCUGACACAUUGCCAAAUUGUUCUUUGGUGGGAAUCCGUUUCUGCUUCCGCCAGUACAGUAAAAAUAAAUUUAAGCAUUUUGACUUGAGAACAUUGCGUGGAUAUUUUAGUCAAGCUGCUGUUUUGGCCUUGAAAGUUUCACCUGAGCAAGAAAAGGAUGGUUCUGAUACCACAAGGGCAGUUAAACAUUGCACACCUGGGAAGACUAAGUUUUCAAAGCAGUAUGAGAGACUUUAUUCAAAAUGUUUGGGUACCAAAAUCUGCAGAGGCCCACAAGCAGGCUCCAUGCCAUCUUAUCAGAAACCUAGUAAACAAUCUCCCGGAAAACAUCUCUCAGUUAAGUUUAUAGGGCCCCAGAAUGAGCCUAUGCCAACCUACAAUGUUGGCGACAAGAUAGAGGUUUUGUCUCAGGACAGUGGCAUUGUAGGCUGCUGGUUCAGGUGUACGGUUCUCAAGCCAUGUACUAGUCAUAACAAGCUUAAGAUUCAAUAUGAUGAUCUCCAGAAUGCUGAUGACUGUGGUAGACUGGAGGAGCGGGUACCUGCCUCUGCAUUGGCUCUUCCUGAUAAACUUGGACUGAGAUGCGCAGGCCGGCUCAGAAUUAGGCCACGUCCUCAACAACAUACUUUGAUGGAUGACACUGCUCUUUUACCUGGAACUGCUGUUGAUGUCUGGCAGUUUAGCGGCUGGUGGGAAGGAGUUGUAGUCAGUACAGAUUCCAUUUCACCUGAUAGCCUGCAAAUAUAUUUUCCAGGUGAAAACUUUUUUCGGGUAUGCCAGCUAAAUGACACAAGAAUUUCGAAAGAUUGGGUCAAGAGCCGCUGGGUAUCUAUAGAAAGGAAACCAGCUGUGCUAUCGAGAAUACCUUCGGUUGGUGUCCAGAUGAGGCAACUUGAUAUUGUGACGUCCACUGGUGGUUUAGGCUCUGUCAAUUCUGCAAGGCCUGAACAAGAGCUGGAAGCUGUGCAAGCAAACUCCGGUGGAGAUAAACAGACAGGAGUUGAUACACAAACUGAGGUCAGUUUGAUGGAUAAAGAAUAUGCUUGUAUCGAGGAUGUGAAGCAAACAAUAUUAGGGAAGCGGCCUAGGGAUGAAGAUGCUGAACAGGACUGCAAUGGGGAAGAAACAGGAACUGAUAUGCAAACUGAUGUGCGUUUAACUGAUAAAGCUUCUGCUGCUGUGGAGCAUGAAAAUCAAACGAUAUUAGAGAAGGACGAUGAUGCUGAGCAGAACUGCAAUGGGCAAGCGCCCAGUUUGACUGACAAAUCCUCUGCUGCUGUAGAGGAUAAAAAUCAAACGAAGGACGAUGACGCUGAACAGAACUGCAAUGGGCAAGCGCCCGGUUUGACUGACAAUUCCUCUGCUGCUGUAGAGGAUAAAAAUCAAACAAUAUUAGGGAAGGACAAAGAUGCUGAACAGAACUGCAAUGGGCAGGCGCCCAGUUUGAACAAAUCCUCUGCUGCUGUAGAGGAUGAAAAUCAAACAAUAGUAGGGAAGCGGCCUCGGGACGAUGAUGCUGAACAGAACUGCAAUGGGCAAGCAUUUAGUUUGACUGAUAAACCCUCUGCUGUUGUAAAUGAUGAAAAGCAAACGAUAUUAGGGAAGCGGCCCAGGGAUGACGAUGCUGAACAGAAGUGCAAUGGGCAAGAAUCCAGUUUAACUAAUAAAGCCUCUGCUGAUGCAGACGAUGAAAAGGAAACAAUAUUGGGGAAGCGGCCUAGGGACGAUGCUGCUGAUCAGAAGUGCAAUGGGCAAGUUUCCAGUUUGACUGCGGCCUCUGUUUCUGUAGACAUUGAGAAGCAGGCACAAUUAGGGAAGCAGUCUGGGGACAAUAACGCUGAACAGCACUGCGACGAAGAAGUGUUCAGGUUGACCGAUAAGGCCUCAGCUUCUGUAGAAGAUGACAAGAACACAGUAUUAGGGAAACGGCCUAGGGUCGAUGAUGAUGAUGGACAGGACUGCAACGGGGAAGUAGGCGUAGACGUAGAUGCUGGCAAGCCGUGAAGUCUGGGAAGUUCGACCUCAUAUUAGACUUUUAUGUACAUAGCUAUAGAUAUGGCGAAUGUAACCCCAGUGCAGGGUUUUUUACUAGGUUGGCUGAUAGCAGAGAGUAACCGUGGACUUCACGUCUCAGUAAACGCGUAUUUUUGCUAGUUUCUGUAUUUCUCCUAGUUCUCUCAUAUAUCUGUUAGCAGUUACGCGGAUUGCAGACAAAAUAUUACCCCUGGCAGUCAUAUUGUAUAGCAGUCUGGUCGAUCUUUGCCUCAAUUUAAUCCUGGAGUAGCACAGAUCACCCAUCUGUUUGUGAAGAA